CGCUAUAUCCACAUCAGUCCAGUUAUCUAGUCCUCACGGCAUCUGCUGGUUGUAAACAUGAGUGAGAUCACGUUGGACUUCCUCCAGGCUCUGCUCAAAGAUGAAUAUCCUGAUGUCAUUCUUCGUUCUUUCGAGGGAGCUCCCGGCUCGAAAAGAGGCGACAACUACACUUCGAUGGUCUACAGGAUCGCUUUGAAAGGAAUCCAAAAUCGGGUCGAACCGGACGGAUCCUGCGAGACCGAAACACCAUGGGAGGGGUCCAUAAUCUACAAAAGACUACCCGAGAGCACCACGAGGAGGGAAGCGUUCAAAAGCGACGAAUUAUUUUGCAACGAAAUCGCGUUUUACAACAAGAUCUGGCCGGCGCUAUUCGAGUUUCAGAAUCGAUGGGGGAUCGAGGAGCCAUUCAAAUCCGUACCUAAAUGCUAUUUAGCUAGGGAUAACUGCGUUUUGCUGAAGGAUCUGAAACAGUUCGGCUUCGUGAUGCCCGAUCGGAAAGUUGGAUUGAGCGUGGACCAAACCUACUUCGUUCUGAGACAUUUAGCGCACUUCCACGCUUUGUCAUUGGCCAUGAAGGGCCACGAUCCGGAGGCUUUUCACGAGCUUUGGAAUUCUAGGGACGGAAUUUCUGAAGUGUUCUUCGUCUCCGAAAACGACGAUUACUACCGAAACUACUACCACGAGGCCAUCCAGAAUGCCAUAGCCAUGGUGGACCAAGAGCUCCAGGGUACAGACUCUAAGGACCAAUAUCUGGACAGGUUCAAGGAAUUUUGCAGCGAGGAGACUUUCUUUAAAACCAUGGUGGAACUGGUCGAGCCUUGCGAACCUCUGGGCGUGAUAUGCCACGGAGACUGUUGGACUAACAACUUUCUCUUUCGAUAUGAAAAUGAGAAUAUUGCGGAGAUGUGCAUCGUCGACUUCCAACUGGUUCGCUACGCGUCUCCAGCGUUGGACCUGGUAUACAUAAUGUACCUGUGUCUGGAGCGACAGCAGCGAGCACUCCACUUGACCCCCCUGCUGCGGUACUACGCCGACCAGCUGUUCUGCAGGGCAGCGGAGCUCAGUGGCGGGGGUGUGGUGUGCGGGGGCGUUACCAGUGACGUGCUUUUUCAGAUGCUCCACAAGGACUUCAGACAGAAGAGUCGCUUCGGUCUCGGCAUAGCGCUGGACAUGUACCCCAUCACGACGUGCGACAGUGACGAGGCGCCCAACCUCUACUCAGCAGAGGACUCCGGGCGCUCCCAGGGCUCCGAGCCGGCGCCGGGUGCGCGUCCCGUGCGGACCUCCAGCGCGGCUUGCCGGAGGAAGAUGACCGAUCUGGUCAAAGAAUUAGUCGACCAGGGUCUUUUGUAAACUAUACAAAAACAUGAUUUUAAUCUCCAGUAAAAUAAACCGUGGUAAUAUUCAUUUUU